AUGUCUCGCGAAGAGUUGCAAAUUCCGUCGAAUUUGAAGCUAGCAGAUCGCGAAUUUCAUAAACCCGGCGCUGUUGACAUAUUGCUAGGAGCCGAAUAUUUUUACGAAUUGUUAGAAACGGGUAAGAUAGAGCUUGGCGUUGAUCGCCCGAUUGUACAGAAUACAAGGCUCGGGUGGAUCGUUGCCAUUGCAUUAUCAUCGAAUUCGAUUACCACAAGUACCAAUAAGGUCGCAUCACUAUGUUGUUCCGCACAACAAUGCGAAUCUCUCAAUAAAGCUCUCAAACGAUUUUGGGCGGUUGAACAAGGCGGUCCGGAGACGGCCACGAUCCGAUCCGAGAUUGAGCGACGAUGCGAAGAAUUAUUCGAUAAAACCGCUAAGCGCGAUGAUAGUGGUCGAUUUAUAGUCAGUUUGCCGAUUAUCGAAAGCGCGGAACCUUUAGGAGAGUCAAGGGAUAUCGCUGAGAAGCGAUUGAAACAAAUGGAAUGCCGGUUCAGGAGCAGCGUUUCAUGGCAUGAGCAAUAUGCAAAUUUCAUGCGCGAAUACGAAGAGCUAGGUCACAUGUCGCGAGUUGUCAAUGGGGAGCACAAGGUUGAUCCAUCGAUAGUAUAUUUGCCACAUCAUGGUGUCGUAAAGGAGGAUAGUACUACAACCAGAUUGCGCGUAGUUUUCGAUGCAUCGAGCAAGACAAGCUCCGGUAAAUCACUUAACGAUAUAUUGAUGGUCGGUCCAACUGUUCAAAAAUGUCUACUGGAGAUAAUGAUUCGAUUUCGUAUACAUAAAGUUGCGCUGACCGGAGAUAUAAGACAAAUGUAUCGCCAAGUAGUCGUCGAGCCACAAGACCGCGAUUAUCAGAGAGUUUUGUGGAGACGGUCUCCAGAUGAACCGAUUGAAGAGUAUAGGUUAAAUACCGUCACGUAUGGAGAAGCGAGCUCAUCUUACUUGGCCACUAAAUGUAUAUAUAGACUCGCGGAGUUAGGGGAACGCGAGUACCCUGACGCUUCUAGAAUUUUGCGUGAAGAAAUAUAUGUAGAUGACAUCAUGACCGGUGCCGAAGACGUCAGGAGCGCCAUUGUAUUGCAAGAAGAAAUCACGGAGUUGUUAAAAUUCGAAGGGUUUCAAGCUCACAAGUGGUGUUCGAAUGUUGCGGAAGUUCUAGCCACGGAGUUGUUAAAAUUCGAAGGGUUUCAAGCUCAUAAGUGGUGUUCGAAUGUUGCGGAAGUUCUAGCCAGUCUCUCAAGGUGA